AUGGAUAUAUACGACCACGUCCAGCAGGACCUUUUCACGUCGAGCGACUCCAACAAAAAAGAAGACACCCAGCAGAAUGCCUCCGCCGAAACCCGACCGAACGUCGACCUAAACACCGAGCUGCAGGAGACCUUUCGCGCCUUCUCCACAAGCCCCUGGGGUUCCCGUCUCGGGGGGUUAUGGGACAACGUCCGCAAACAGGGAGAGAGCUACUACGAGGGUGCUCGCCAGGAAUAUGCAGCAGCCAGCGAAGAAGCCGUUAAGGGAUUCUCGGACCUGAAGGAUACUCUAGUUGGCCGGACGCGGGGCCUCUCUCUUAGCACAGCGUUCAACGCUGGCUCCGCAGAGCGAGGUACGACGGAGGGCUCUCUGACCCCUACGGAAGCCCGCGCCGACGAAACAGCAAAAACUGAGCAACAGAAGGCUGGCACCGAUAAUACGCAGUCGUCCUCCGGCGAGAGCUUCUUGUCCCGAUUCAAGGCGGAGGCCUCCCGCCGGCUAAAAGAGAUCGAGAAGGCAGAGGAAGCGGCAGAUGAGGCGAUCUUACGAUUCGGAAUGAACAUUACCCAGAAGCUACGGGAGGCAGUAACUAUUGUUCCUCCGGAGGAAGAAUCGGGCUCGAAGGUGCUCUUUGAGAGUAAAGAUGCGGAGGGGAAGAGGGUGAUUCAUGCGACACGCUUCGAGGCACAGCUUCAUGUGAUUCAUACCACUCUUGACAGCUUCCUCAAGGAUCCUGUUAGCGACGAGUGGCCGGCGUUCAGCAAGUCCUUCAAUGUUGACGACAAGACUGCUGCUAUUGCUGCGGACUUAGAAAAAUACCACGAGUUGCGAGCUGCUAUGGAGAAGCUUGUUCCGGAGAAGGUGCAGUACGCAGACUUCUGGUCUCGCUACUAUUUCCUUCGCCUGGUUAUUGAAACGGAAGAGCAGAAGCGCAAGGAGCUCCUUAAGGGCGCUAGCGUCGAAGAGGAUGAAGAAGUCGGCUGGGACGACGAUUCCGAUGACGACACCGACUCCCCUUCCACCCCUGAAGUUUCCGACAAGACAAAGAUUCCUAAAACUGCCACCAAACCUUCCACAGAUGCCAACCUUUUGAAACCCAACGAACCCCGCCGGUCCAACGACCAGGUUUCCCAGCCCGAUAGCGAGUCUAGUUACGACCUCGUCAGCGGUGCUACCAGUCGGACUCCCGCUAGCCCGAAGGAGAAGGCCAAGGACGAUGACAGCGACGAUGACUGGGAGUAG